GUUUUUUUUUUUUGUUGUUGUUGUUGUUGUUGUUGUUGUUGCCCAGUGAUGCAUUCGCGUUCGAACUGACACACUUUACAACUGGUUGGCCAACUCGCAAUGCAUGUCGCGCAUGUGCCAGAAGCAGACGUCUCGAUUUUGCGCAAACUCUUCGCGUAGCGUUUUUCGAUGCCACUUAAAGCCGAUUUCCAAAACCCAAAACCUGACUCAGUCCUGAUUACCCCCCUCAGUCCACAAUCACCAACCGCCACAAGCAAUGUCGCGCAACGAAGAGCCUGAAUUCUACCACGACAAAAAAUUUGAGGGUGUCUCCUUAGAGACGCUUCGAAACGCGCCUCUGGCAACCAACCUGCCUCGGGCGCAAUGCAUCAUUCGGCAAAUCGAAAACAAUGAGCCGCCAGUGCGCGUGGUGUCUGCUCCGGAUGGCAAGCGCACGCUCAAGACCCCCGUUGGUGUCUCGCUGCAGCAUCCUGAUACAAAGCAGAGCUGGACUUUCUUGGUUGCAUGCCGACCAAAGGCCGGUCUGCUUUCGGUGAAGCUCGCCGAAGAGAUUACCAGGAAGCAGGAAGCGCUGGAUGAGGCCGAAACUGCUGCCGACGCGUCCCUUCAAGACUCGGAGAAGCCGACGCGCAAAAAGGAGCAGGCCACCGCAACUACGUUUGGUACUGACGAGCUUUGGGUUUGCCCUCGACGCCUCGCUGCGGCUCUCGAUCAGAAUUGGGGCUUUGUCGCCGUUCCGUUCCAGUCCGAUCCCGCGAGUCCGGAGCUGCAGAAUGCCGCCGCAAAGCUAAUGGAGACGACCCCCAAGCACAUUCGACUGUAUCACAUUGGCAGUAACAUGAUGUUGUGCAUGGAUGGAGCUCUGAGCGCGUCAUUGGCGCCUUUGGAGAUUAUGACUCGCUUGCUGAACCCGGCUCCGGUCGCUGCUGCCUCAGUUGCGGCACGGGGAUGAAGCGGUUGUUGCUCACAGUGCAGUUGUGCUAGCUGCGUGUUUUGAAUAUAGAGCUAAUGCAGAAAAUUUUGGAGUUUAAUGUUACCAUC